AUCAGGGAGUUUGAAGUUUGAAGCUGGAUGGUGCUGCUUACAGCCUGGAGAGAUAAGUGAUCAGUGAUCCUUCAUCCUGAGGCUCUCUCUAUCUCUAUCUCUCUGUGCUACCAGUUGGCUCUCUUUUCUUUCCUCUCAUCUGGGGCUUCACCUUUCUCUGCCUCUCACUUCUUUCUCUCAACCAUGCCUCCGACCCUGGCCACAGCGUUUGCCAGGCGCUGGUGGAUGGCAGUGACUGCUAUCAUUGAGAAUCUGCUGUUCUCUGCUGUGUUGCUGGGAUGGGGAUCUCUCCUCAUCAUGCUCAAGUCAGAGGGGUUCUACUCCUACCUUUGCAAUGAGGAAGAAUUACAUGCAGGUAACAGCUCCAGCUACAAUCUGUCCCAACCUCAGCCAACACCUGAUGAGUAUGCUGACUACUACGAAAGUGUGGGUGGUGUAGUGGGUCUGGGAGAUGGUGUGGAGAUGAAGCCCCUGGUUCCUACGGAUGGGCUCCUGAGGAUGAACGGCUGGCUGGUCUGUAAGGAACAGGAUGAGAUGCUGAACCUGGCGUUCACGAUCGGUUCUUUCCUGCUCUCAGCCAUCACCCUGCCACUGGGGAUUGUCAUGGAUAAAUACGGACCUCGCAAACUACGGCUGCUGGGCAGCACAUGCUUUGCAUUGUCCUGUCUACUCAUUGCUUAUGGAGCUUACAAACCAAAUGAACUCUCUGUCCUUAUCUUUAUUGCCCUGACUUUCAACGGCUUCGGGGGCAUGUGCAUGACCUUCACCUCUCUCACACUGCCUAACAUGUUUGGAGACCUCCGUUCCACCUUCAUUGCCCUGAUGAUUGGCUCCUAUGCCUCCUCUGCUGUAACCUUCCCUGGUGUCAAGGUGAUCUACGACUUUGGCGUACCUUUCAUCACUAUUCUGGUGGUGUGGGCUGCGUGUGCUGCACUGGUCUUCGUAAACUGCUUCUUCAACUGGCCACUGGAACCGUUCCCAGGACCAGAUGACAUGGACUACACUGUGAAGAUUAAGUUCAACUGGCUGGGCUUUGACCACAAAAUCACAGGGAAGCAGUUCUACCGCCAAGUGACCACAGUGGGCCGUCGCCUCAGUGUGGGCAACAGCCUGAAGCAGAAGGAGCUAGCCACUAAGGACGGCCACAAACUCUGCCUAUCCACCAUGGACCUGGAAAUGGACUGCAAGUCACAAGAAGAGUCCCAGUCGUUCUUGAAAACUAUCAGCAGCACCAUCUUCAUACUCAGUCUGGUGACCAUGUCUGUCACUCAGCUGCGUCUCUUGUUCUACAUGGGGGCCAUGAACAGCGUCCUGGAGUCGCUCAGUGAUGGAGACCUCAACAAAGUGGGCCUGUACACCUCCAUCUUCGGUGUGCUACAGAUGCUUUGCCUGAUGACCACUCCUGUAAUUGGUCAGAUCAUGGACUGGAAGUUGAAGGACUGUGAUGAAGGAGAGGACACAAAGGAUCCCUGCAGCAAGGGUGAGCCAAAGAAGAAGAGAGACAAAAAGAUCCAGAAGGUGACCAAUGCCCUGCGAGCAUUUGUCCUCACAAACCUCCUUUUAGUGGGAUUUGGGAUCACUUGCCUUGUGCCCAAUCUUCCUGUGCAGAUUGUGUCAUUUGUCCUACACACUGUCGUGAGAGGAUUCAUCCACUCUGCUGUCGGUGGUCUCUAUGCUGCCGUGUAUCCCUCCUCCCAGUUUGGCAGUUUAACAGGCAUGCAGUCUCUGGUCAGUGCUGUAUUUUCUCUACUGCAGCAACCCCUGUUUCUGGCUAUGAUGGGACCCCUCAAGGGAGACCCACUCUGGGUCAAUAUCGGACUCCUCGCUGUCAGUAUGCUGGGCUUCUUGCUGCCUCUCUACCUGGUCUGGUACCGACGGAUGCUCUACAAAGAGCAACAGCAGAAUGAAAACAACGCUAAGAUCUACAUCAAAAUCAACGGCUGCGACAUCCCUGAGGCCUUUGUCUAGAGAGAAGUGAUGCAGAGAAACGAAACAGAGAAUGAAAGAAAGAUUCCUUACUGAGAAACAUUGGCAAAUGCAGUGAUACACGCAUACACAAGCACACAUGAGGACAACUGAAAUCUUAAAUAUCACAUUUUAACAUGUAACAUUCAGCACACACAUACAAAACAGACUGCCACAUCCAUUUUUAUUCCUAAAAUCCCACCAAGAUAAACUGAUGCUGUUGUUGUCAUGGAAACAAGUCCAUUGGACAGUCGCUGAGGGGAAAAUGAAACGUUGAAGGGAAAAGAAGAACAAGAGAGAGGAAAGACUGUGAAAGGAAAGAGGCAUCAGCCCUCUGCAUUCCCCCAAAUCCUCUGACUUCUCUUUUUAUUCCCUCCUCUGUGGAGUGGCACAUUAGUGCAGCUCAUAAAACUGCUCUAAUAUUCCCCCAUAUGAGCAGAAAAUGGGAAAACAGAGCUUGUUUAUCCCACAAAUUUCCAAGUGUGAAACCAGCAAAACUGCUAAAAGUCACUCUCACAACAAGUGAGUCCAUUAUUAUGAGUUUUUUUGUUGUGUGUUUAAUGUGUUGACUUUAAAUCAUCCUUAUUUUGAAUCCCAUUACAUGGUGCUACCUAUGUAUCCAUCAGCUGGAUUUUCUGACAAAUGGUGUAAGGUAAGUGUGGACUAAAUGGCAUUAAUGAGUGACGGGGAGGAGAGAAGGGCCAUAUUGCUGAUGUUUCUCGGGCGAAUAGAAAAGACUGUCAUGAUUAAUUGGAUUUUUUUAUUUUAUUUAGGAAGCUUAUUACAGUGUAAAACUACUGUAGCAUAGAAUAUACCGUAGUGUAUGGCAGAGUUUUUGAGGCUUUUACUUUCUUCUGUAAGAGACAUCAAACAAACUGCAGUAUGUGUAAAAAGAAAAUGUCCAUGUUUGUUUAGAAUAUUUAUUUUGUUUCCUGCUUUCUUUAGUUUUUAUACUUUACCAGAUGUGCCUUUUGAAUAUACCUUCAUGUGAAAGAGAAGAUUAGGCAGCAUAUUCUGCUUAACAGUCUCCCCUUCGCAUUACAUGGUAAUACCAUUUAUACAUCAAGGGUUUUUAUUUUAACAUUUAGAUACUUACUGUAAUCUUCUCCCAAGUUUAUCCAUAAGAUAUCAUCAUUGUGUAAAAGUCAAUAUUUUAUUCAGUCUAUCUACCUACUGUUGAGAGAAAUUCAGCACUUUAAACCCUGUUAAUCCCUUUCAAUUUCACACACAUCCCACACCCGCUCAUUUCAGCACUUCUCUCCUGAUGCCCCUCUUGAGAAAUAGUCCCACUUUAAUUUUUGAGCUCCUCCUCCUACCUUCAUAAAUGUAUUUAUUUUGUUUUACACAAAUUUCAUGAUGUAUUUAAAUUGCACUAUGCCAGCAACCACACGUAUAUCCGAUCAUAUACUGUGUUGUUCGCAUAGAGCUCUUUCUUAUGUCACUGAAGAUAAUGUAGAGAUGUUUUGUUAUGCAGGCAUUCCUGUUUGGAUAUUGAAGAAUUCAUGGUGUUUAAUAAAGAUGUGUUGAUUUGUUUGAAUGGUU